AUGAAACCACGACAUAAACGCAUUUAUAAAUAUGCCGCAUUAAUAGCCGGUAUUUUCCUUUUGGAUUUUUUCGGUGUCUUCACCCAUUUCUUUGAGUUGGAUUAUGAGACGAAAUUCCACUAUCCCAUGGAUGGUGAUGUGGUGAAAUAUGCUGAAGCCCGUAAGAAUAAACAAAGCCAUAUCGAUGAUGGAAGUGAAGAAGUGCCAAAUCCCAUUAAUCUGUACAAUUACACCUUUUUACAUCAGCGACAAUGUGAUGCCGUCGAGGCCAAAAAACCCCAGCUGACUUUGUUGAUCAAAUCGGCAUUGGGUAAUGUUGAGCGGCGGGAUGCCAUACGACGUACCUGGGGUUAUGAACAACGAUUUUCCGAUGUCCAUAUAAGGAGGGUAUUUUUGCUGGGUGCCAGCAUGGAUGCGAAGCUAAUGGAUAUUGCCGAUCAUGAGGCGAGAGAAUAUGCGGAUAUAGUACAAGCAGAUUUUUUGGAUGCCUAUUUUAACAAUACCAUUAAAACAAUGAUGGGCUUCAAAUGGGUGGUGGAGAAAUGCCCACGGGCCCAGUAUUACAUGUUCGUGGAUGAUGAUUAUUAUGUGUCGAUGAAGAAUGUUCUGCGUUUCAUAGCCCAUCCGGCGCUGUAUCCUGAAAAUGCCAUAUCAUUGAAUAGUAUGUGGGAGAAGAAAGCCAGUAUGGAACAUGAAAAGCUGUUUGCGGGAUUUGUUUUUCAAUCACGUCCCUUGCGCCAUAAGUUUAGUAAAUGGUUGGUAACGCUCAAAGAGUAUCCCUUUAAUCGUUGGCCUCCCUAUGUUACGGCGGGAGCGUUUAUUUUGUCACGGGCCGCCUUAACUGAUCUCUACUAUGUUAGUCAAUAUACCAAACAUUUUCGUUUCGAUGAUAUCUAUUUGGGUUUGGUCGCCUUGAAGGCACGCAUCAACCUCACCCAUUGUGGCAAUUUUCAUUUUCACCGGCCACGUUAUAGUGGUCCGGAUAGUUAUCGUUUUGUGGUGGCCUCACAUGAAUUUGACAACACCAAUGAAAUGGAACGCAUUUGGAAUGAAUGUCGUUCAGCGAAUUAUGCUUAAAUGGAUGGGU